AUGGACACUACCAUAGUAGACACUACAACGGUAGAUGUCACAAGCAUCACAGUCGAUACCACUACAGCAGACAUUACCACAACAGAAGAUACUACUGCCGUUUUUUAUAGUACCACCACCACAGGAGGUAUCAGUACAAUUGACACCACCACACCAGAUGUCAUCACAACUGACACCACCACAGAUGUCAGCACAAUUGAUAUCACCACAGAAGACGUCACUACAGUUGAUAGCACUACAGUAGACAGCACAGAAGCCCCAACCACCACGGAAGCCCCAACUACCACGGAAGCCCCAACUACCACGGAAGCCCCAACUACCACGGAAGCUCCAACUACCACGGAAGCUCCUACUACCACGGAACUCCAACCCACGGAAGCUCCAACUACCACGGAAGCCCCAACUACCACGGAAGCCCCAACUACCACGGAAGCCCCAACCACCACAUCCAGCUCUACGUCAACAAAUGGAUAA